AUGCUGCCGGCGGUCGCCGCCGCAUCCCCCGGCCUCUACCAUCUGCCGCGCUACCACCACCUUGGCCGUUGCUUUCACCUCCGCCACCACCGCCUUCUACCUGCUACUCCGGCCAGGCCCUCGUGUGGCGCCACCCACGCCCGCCGCCUUCUCCUUGCCGGCGCGUUCGCCUCCGGGGAGGGUCCUUCAGGACAGGAUGUUGACUACUCUGCUGGCGCCACAAAUUCUGGGUCUGCAUACCUUGGUCUCUUCGUUCGAUUGCUUGGCUUGGACAAUGACUCACGUGAUAGGGAGCAUGCUGUUUGCACACUCUAUCAAUACUCCCUUGGUGGAAGGAAGAGCAUCGAUGAGAUAAUGCAAUUCCUUGGCUGCAUUGUUCUCAUCAUUAGCCUCCUGAAAUCAGAGUCCACUCCUGCCUGUGAAGCAGCUGCAGGUCUUCUGCGUAACAUUACAUCAGUUCACAUAUAUAGGAAGAUGGCUGGUGAGAGUGGAGCAAUGGAAGAAAUCAUUAGUCUUCUCUGUAAAUCUACAAUAACCCCUGAGGUUCAUCUUUUGCAAACCAAAGAAGAUGACUAUAAGAUUAUUAGAAAGGAAGCUAAAAGUUCACUAAUACAGCUGGCUGGUGAUGAUUGUUACUACAGCCUUAUAAUAGAGGAGGGUCUAGUCCGGGUUCCUUUGGUUGGCUCAGCUGCAUAUAAAGCUUUUAAACCUCUCCCUCAUUCAUGGCCCUCUUUUCCUGAUGGCUCUGAGAUUCAGCGGAGUUCUCGCCCCUCAAAAUACGGUGCCACUGAACUGCUCCUUGGCCUGAGUGUCAAUGAGAAUGAUACAAAACCAGAUGAAGCUAAAAUUAAUGCUAUGAUAGGACGUUCUAAUCAGCAAUUCCUUGCACGUGUUGGAGCUAUUGAGUUGGAUGAUCAAGGAAAAGAGGAAUCUGGAUCUGAAAAGAACGACAUGUAUACCAUUUUGCCAUGGGUAGAUGGUGUUGCACGGUUAGUUUUAAUCCUUGGACUGGAAGAUAUCUCUGCAAUCAAAAAGGCUGCUAGAGCAUUGGGUGACGCAUCAAUAAAUGAACAUAUGCGCACCUCAUUCAAGGAUGCUGGGGCCGUUAAACCUCUACUUCAGUUGCUCAAGCACAAAGAUGUACAUGUUAGAGAAGCUGGUGCUUAUGCGUUGGAAAAAUUAAGUGUCAGUGCCACAGUCUGUCGGAAUAUCAAAACAGAAGGUGGAUUAGGAUUGCUUGUAAAUAUAGUCAAGGAUCAAGAUACCCCAGUAGAACUACUAGAGAAGAUAAUUUAUAUACUUUCUCGAAUGUUUGACAUGGCGAUUUGCAUGGUUCCUACACCGGAUACUGAAGGUGAUAAGGAUAGUGGAAACAAUGCAAUUCCCCAGACAUCUGUUAACCAAGAGAUGGCCAGCGAGUUGAUCUUCGAUUUUGAUGCUAUCUCGCGCUUAACGAAAGUUCUGAAGGAAGCAUCGCCAAGGUUGCAAGCAAGAGUCUGUUGUGUACUAGACCAUGUAGCAGCUUCGGAGCAACAUGCCACUGCAAUGACUGCUGCUUGCACUGGUUCAGUAAUCGAAGCUAUUCUUGAAAUAGGGGUUAUUCAUGGGACCAGAAGUGACUCUGAAAACUUUGAUGAAACUCCUAGUGCAGUCAUCAAAGAACUCAGUGAGGCUGUGUCUGCAGCUGUGAGGUUACUCACAAAGUUAUUGAACUUUGAUCUUUUCUUCCGCAGCAUAAACAGUGAAAAAAUCACUUCUCUGCUAAGAAGAAUGCUCAAGUCAAGUUUCCCCCUUCAGUCAAAGGAUUGUCUUGCAGCAUGCCUCCUUAAGCUAGAAUCCAGAGCUGGCUUAUCAGGAGAUCAUGGUGUCAGUAAUAUAGAUAUGGAGAUAACUAUCUAUCAGACUAUUCCAAGGCUAGUUGAGCAAAUGAUGAACUCACUUAAAUUUGAAAAUAAGAAAAGUGCUGUAAUAGAGCUGAACAAGAUAAUAUCUGGUGGUGUGCUGGAAUAUACAAGAGCAUUGGCUGAUGCUGGAGGCAUAUUUCCACUGGUCAAAAUGCUUGAAGAGGGGGAUGGAGAUGCACUGGAAGCUGUCUUAGCUAUCUUGUAUAAUCUGAGCAUGGAUCCAGAGAAUCACCCAGCAAUAAUUGCUGCUGGAGCAGUGCCCCUGUUGAAGCGGAUUGUUCUUAUGGAAGGCCCACAAUGGAGUAGUGCUAUUCAGUUGUUGAGAACAUUGCCUGUAUGA